AUGUCGACCAGAGGGCGUCGAGAUCCAAUCAGAGAGAGCCGAGACAACCCAGUAACUCUUGAGGGAGAGUGGGUACUGGAAGCUGCAGAGGGCGGCGCGGUAGGCCUAGAUGGGUCCUCUGCCACACGUGAAGCUGAAGAAAUAGUGGUAGAUUGUCAUAGAGAGGUGGAGGAUGUUGGGCCCGAAAGAAACCCGGAGCAAGAGAGUGACAGAAGAGAGAGAGUGAAUGUUGAGGAAGACUCGGAUAUUGAAGCUGUUGAAGAGGACGAAGAUGACCAGCACCGGGAAAGUGUUCUAGCAAAUCAAAACGUGGUGGAUGCCCAUCAUUUCCCAAUGGCUGGCUUCCGGUUUAUGUUCCUGGAUCUGGUCCAUGCCAUUCUCAAUCGUGUCUAUUACAACGACCACAUCCUGGUUAGAGGCCCCCGAGAAAGCCAAGCGAUUAGCUCAUCUAACACUUCUGAAUCUGCCCACUCACGUGAGCCCCAAGUACCACCCGGGCCCAUCCCAUCAACAGUGAGGGCCUCAGAGUAUGAGCAUCAGAGCUCCGACCUUCCGGAGGUUAUCUCCACAUUUCCAGAGCUGGAAGAGGCUGCUGACUUCGAGGAAGCAGCAGAUCAUUACGUGCAGGAGCCAGCAAUUAGGGUAACCGGACAAGUAGUGGAAGAGGUGGCAGAAGAGGCAGCAGCAGAAGAGCCAGCAAAGGAAAUCAUAGGGCAAGUCAUGACUUCUGAAGGUGAAAACCAUUGUGCUAGACAGUAUAAAGAUGACAACAUAGUCGAUGAGGAAGAAGAGGAAGAGGAAGAAGAAAUGAAAAAUGAAGGCUUUGAGAAAAUGGAUCCAGAUGCAGAAGACUACUGCACCAACAAAUUCAGCUGA